AUGACUUCCCUUAUACGAGCGCUCCCUUUGCUGUUCAGCGACCAUGCUCGCGACAUGCACCUCGCCACUCGUGAUGAUCCAGCCUCAGUAUCCUCGGCAGGUACGCCCCUCACGGGCAGUAACAAAUCCGAAUUCGCGGCCAUGGGUGUAAUUGCUGCUUUCUCUUGGGUCGCCACAUUGGGCCUCUUGUCUUUCCUUACAUACCGAAUGGUUUUCUGGCAACGCUUUUACAAACGACCUCUCGCUGAGAAUCAAUAUGUCGUUCUCAUUUACAACCUUCUUUUAAUCGAUCUUCAACAAGCAACGGCGUUCUUAAUAUGUCUGCAUUGGCUUCAACGGGGCAGUGUCAACUAUCCAAGUGCAGCUUGCGUUCUGCAAGGUUGGUGGAUUCAGGUUGGGGAUCCCGGCAGUGGAUUAUUCGUGUUGGCAAUUGCGAUGCAUACUUGUGCGGUUGUUUUCAGAGGACGGCAGCUUCCAUUCAAACCAUUUGUCGGGUGUGUUGUUGGGCUAUGGGUAUUCAUCAUUAUUCUGGGUCUGAUUCCUGUCGGAAUGUUUGCCUCCAAAACCUUUGUCAUCUCCGAAGCAGGCUGGUGCUGGAUCAGUGAGGCACACGAGACUGAACGUCUUUGGGUUCAUUAUAUUUGGAUUUUCCUUGCGGAAUUCGGAACUGUCGUCAUCUAUGGUAUUAUGUUCUUCUAUCUGCGCCGACGUAUGUCGCAGGCUGCGAUGCUCCGGCAACACCACAAAGAGAACCUGAACCGACUGAACCGCGUUGUCAUUUACAUGGUUAUCUACCCGCUUGCAUACCUGGUUUUGUCUCUUCCACUAGCCGCCGGUCGUAUGUCUACCGCAAGAAGUAUUGUUCCAAGUCGAACGUACUUUGCUGUUGCAGGAUCGUUGAUGGCCCUGUCUGGACUGGUUGAUGUGACCGUGUACACCUUGACACGCCGACACUUGCUGCUUGAAACCGAGCUCAGUACUUCGGACAAACAAUAUGCCUACUCGAACUCGAACGCAUACCAAACACACAUUAGCACAGCCGGACGAGACGGCAAGAAAUUCCGGGUCGGAUCUCGGUUCCGCCGAGGGCUACAGAGCGUGAACGAAACAGCCAACGACAACCGAGACGACUCCACCGAAGACAUUGUGCGGAAGGGCGAUAUGGAAAUGGGUGACCUGGCCCGCGGCGUGUACCAAGAAACGACCAUUGAGAUCACGCACGAGCCGGUGGAAGAAGCGGAAGGCGAAUUCCAUCAUACGGACCGACACAGUGGUUAA